AUGGCUUCCCAGCCGAAGCAGAUGUUCGGCGAGCCCAUCUCUCUGGUUGGCCCGACGCCCGCCGACCUCGAGUCCACGGCGCAGCUGGAGAAGGUCCUGCGUGAAGCGGGGAUGUACGAGAGCCCCGAGGAGUCGGCGGUCCGCGCCGAGGUGCUGCGCGACCUCCAGGGAAUCGUGGACCUCUGGGUGAAGCAGCUCACGCUCAAGCAUGGGUACCCCGACGCCAUGGUCGACGAGGCCACCGCCCUGUUGCUCCCCUUCGGAUCCUACCGCCUCGGCGUCCACGGCGGCGGCUCCGACAUCGACGCACUCGUCGUCGGGCCCUCCUUCGUGGACCGCGACCAAGACUUCUUCGGCGUGCUGGCCGACGCGCUGGCCGAGACGGAGGCGGUGACGGACCUGCAGCCCGUGCCCGGCGCGCACGUCCCCGUCAUGAAGCUGAGGUUCCGCGGCGUGCAGGUGGACCUCGUCUACGCCAGCGCCAACCUCCCCGUGGUGCCCCGGGACCUGUAUCUGAGCGACCGCUCCGUACUCCGCGGCCUGGACCACGUCACCGCCCGCAGCAUGAACGGCGUGCGCGUGGCCGACGAGAUCCUGCGGCUGGUCCCCGACGCCGCCGCGUUCCGCACGACGCUGCGGUGCGUGAAGCUGUGGGCCAAGGCGCGGGGCGUGUACUCCAACGUGUCCGGCUUCCUCGGCGGCGUGGCGUGGUCCAUCCUGGUGGCGCGCGUGUGCCAGCUCUACCCCAACGCAUCGCCCAGCAUGCUGGUGUCGCGCUUCUUCAAGGUGCUCGGCCAGUGGAGGUGGCCCACCCCGGCCACGCAGCGGAUCAUCAAGGAGCAGAUCCAGGCCGGCCACGUCGCGUGCCAGGAGAUCACCGCCGCCGGCGGUCGCUGCUGGGGCGCGCUGUUCCAGCCGUUCCCGUUCUUCAGGACGCACAAGAGCUAUCUGCAGGUGGACGCGAUGGUGGCGGGAGGCGAAGAAGAGCUCCGGGAGUGGAAGGGGUGGGUGGAGUCGCGGCUGCGGCAGCUGGUGGCCAAGGUCGAGAGGGACACGUUCGGCAAGCUGCUAUGCCAUCAGAACCCGCGCGCCUACGACGCCGAGCCACACGGCUUGCGGUGCGCGUCUUCCUUCUUCGUGGGCUUGUCGAAGCCACAGCAGCAGCAGAAGCCGUCCCCGCCGCAAGGGCAGCAGCCGCAGUUUGACCUCCGUGCGACGGCGGACGAGUUCCUGCAGGACGUCUACACAUACAGGUUCUGGAGGCCCGGCUUGGAGUUGGUCGUCAAGCACGUCCGGCGGAAGGACCUGCCGUCAUACGUGAUGCAGAAGAUUCGUGGUCCGAAUAUCCAUGAGCUUAAGAGGAAGCGCGCCGACGACGAUUCUUCACCUUCGUCGCCGCCAUUGUGUUCGUCGUCCUCCGCCUCCUCUGGUGACGAUGACUCCGUCCGAAGACCGAGCAGCAGGGCAAGGCUGCAUCCAACAUAG